UGACCUGACCUCCUGCCGACAACCUCAUCGUGCGGUGCCUCAAACUCAUUGUCCCUCCUUCCAACCACGCUUGACGCUCCGAGGCUUGCAUCCAUCGAGCUGAAUCGGCCUCUUGGCGCUUUCACAGUCCUAAGUAUCGGCUUGGUGUGCAAUGACUAUGUUCGCCUCGACGUUUCGCUGGCUGCAGCGGAAGAGGUACCAAUAUGAGGUCACAUUCUCGCUGUACAUGUUAACGCCCACCGAGAAGUUCAUCUUCAACUCCUUCCUCUUCCUCUUCUUCAGUAUGAUCGUAAUCGCCAUGACACUCUACCUCCCACAGCACAUCGCCUUCCUCACCAACCGGGCUUGGUUCUACUACAACGGGGACGAGAGUGCAAAAGCCGCGAUUCAUUCUAUUGUGGAGAGUGCUACGCAUACAGUGUUGGUUGAAAAAGUUAAGGAGACUGUUAUGAAUAAUGCUGCUGGAUCGACGAUUGUGGAUGCAGCGAAGGAGUUAUAAACCAGGAUUUGGACCGAACGACCGUCAGAGACGACGAAAGCGGUGCCUGUACGAAUAGAAGACAGAGUCAUUACACUUAAUUGCGAGAGCACAGGUGCAUUUGGAGUCUAGGGCGUCGGUCGGGAUGGGUGUGAUAGAUGUCACAGCA